CUUAUGACAUUGAUGUACCUAACCUCAUUAGCAAAGUUAUUAGAAGCACGUGUAGCAUAGUGUUACAAAGGUACAACAUGGCAACAAUAAUAGAGUUAAUUAAUUUUUACGAUCAUAGUUCAAAAGAAUAUGACAGAUUUUUGCAAAACUUAAUUUGUUCUAACGGAGAUGUUCCAUUUAGUAUAGAAGAGGUUGAUGAAGCACAAAGUAUAAUUAUAUCAACUGUUAAUAAUUAUUUAAACCGAUCACAAACACGAUAUAAUGGUUUAUUAAUUUUGGAUAAGAUUUUGUCCCAAUGUUCAAAAGAUAUACUUCUAAAAUAUUGUAUGUUAUGGAUGUCAAAAGCUACACAAAUAUUAGAAAGUAUUCAUAGUGCACCACAAGAACUAAGUAUCUCUUGUAAAGUUCUUGGACAGUUAAUUAUACAAACUAAAAAUAUUUCUGAUAUACAAAAACAAAUAUCAAUGCAAAAUGUAAAACAACUUGUUAAUGCUAUUGGAAAUUUAAGUCCAGAAAAAAAUAGUGGUCCAAUCUAUUAUUUGCUUGCUGUGUUAUUGCAUCAAUAUCCUGAAGUCUGCGAACGUUUUCAAAUUUCCAUUAGAAAAAUUAUUUUAUUACAAAUUGAUUCAACUCAGGAGAAUUUGGUUAAAACGAGUGCAAAGUGUUAUGCUCUUCUAGCUCAAGCAACAGAGCGUUCGUUUAAACCACCAGUUUCAAAACCCUCUUAUACUGGUUGGUUAUAUCACCAAGCACUUAUUUGUAAUAAUUUACACACUAUAAUGGAUGUGUUGUUUUCUAAUUUGAUAGAAUUAGAAAAUGUAAGCAUCUGGGAUAAGCUAGACUUACCAAAUAUAUCAGAGGAGAAUAUUAUUCAAUUCUUUUUCAAACAAAAACAAAGAUUUUUGAAUUUAUGUUCUUAUUUAGCCUACAUGCUGCAGGGGUUUGACAAAAAAAACUCAGUAUUUCCUCAUGAGAUUUUGAAAAUUUUAUGUAGAGGGUUGGCAAUACAGCCUUCAAAUUUGAAAAAUCGUAACUCGAUCAGAGAACAGAUGCUAUAUUUGAUUUUACCACAAUUACAUAUUGCACUAUUCAACGUUUUGGAUGCAUUAAUAGAUGGAUUUAAAGAACAGUUAAUACCAUUUGGUUCAACAAUAUUACAACUGUUUCUCCAAACGUUACAAUGGACAGAGAUUGUUUCAGACAAUCACAUAACCAUUAGUGGUAAUAAGCCAUUCAGAAACGUGAGAAUAUCUGUUUAUAAAUGUCUUACAUCUUGGCUUGUAAAUACUAAUUCGUUAUCAGGGGUAGAAACAGUAGCAAAUGAAUGUCUUCCUUCUAUAUUGAAAGAUAUAGUACCAGAAAAAGAUCGUGUUUUAUUGACUAUUCAGAAAACCAACAAUUUAUCAAAACGAGCGUUAAAACGUCUUCGAGAUAGUCAGUAUGAAAAGGGUACAUAUUUGAAUAAUAAUGGAAUAGCUUCUAGCAAAGAAUACUAUCUGGACGUGGAUGUCUGUAAAGAGGCUCUUAUUACUUUGCAAAAUAUAUUUUUUAAUAGUGGAACUCUUUUAAAGCAAACGUUCUUUAGAACUGUCCAAAAUAUUAUAAUACCUCUUUUAUAUGACUGUUAUUUGACUUCUAAUGAACAGAAAUUUUAUAAAGACAGUUCCAAAUGUCGUUUACUAUUAUUAAGAGUUUUGAGAGCUUUGCAAAUGAAUCCACAUUCUUUAGUGCCUUUACCUACUCAAUAUUCUCUAGAAAUAUUUCAAAUGGCUUUAAUCGAUAGUAAUGUAUGCAUUACUCAAGAGGCUAAAGUAGCAUUAGCAGAACUUGAGAAAAUUGUGCACCCUCAUGCACCAUCUAUACAAUUAACUCAAGUGGAAACGAUACAAGAGCAAUUUGUUGUUAGCGACCAGCAUAUGGAACAGACUGAGGUAUUGGAAGAUGUGCUCCCACUUGAUGCUGAAAAUAUUACAGAUGAUACGCUGCCGUCGUCAAAUAAAAAAUUAAAAAUAAUAAAUUCUGAUGUUGAUGAGACUGUGGAAUCUGUUAUAAAUGUUACUGAUGUACCAAAUACCGAACCAAUCAAUCAAUCAUAAUUAUAAUAUUAUCCAAAAUUGUUUUAACAUUAUUGUCUAUAACCUCUCUACAAUAUUAUUUAUAAGAUGAACAUUGAUCAUUUAUUCUAAUACAAUUUAUCUAAAUAACUUAUAGAGUGUUAUAACUUGAAUUAUUUCAAUAUGUCGAGGUCUUGAAGUAAUACUAA